AUGGUUAAUCUUCUUUUUGUGAUCAAUUUUUUGCAGCAACUUGGUAUGGAAAGUAAGGCCAUCCGUGACUCGCAGAUUACAGCUUCCUCUACCCAUAGUAGUGGAAAGUAUCUCUCUUAUUAUGGUAGGCUUAACACAAUACUUGGUGAUGGUGGAUGGAUACCUAAAUCUAAUACAGUAGGACAGUGGAUACAAGUUGACCUACUCCAAUUAACCAGAAUUACAGCUAUUGCAACGCAAGGUUGCGCAAAGUGUGAUGAAUGGGUGAUAACCUACAGUCUACAGUACAGCGACGAUGGAACUAGCUUCAGUGACUAUGAAGGGGGAAAGACUUUACCUGGAAAUUCCGAUCGAUCAACAGUUGUCAAAAACAACCUUGAUCCUCCUAUAACUGCCAGGUAUAUCAGACUUCUGCCAAAGAAAUACAAGAGCUUCAUGACAAUUAGACUGGAACUUUAUGGCUGCCAACUAUAAACCAAACUGUAAAGUUAUUAUAAGUUCUCUUAGUGCACAAGGCACCUUUUGGAAAAUAUAUCUUAUCUUACUAUGGACUAUGCCGGUGAGCACUUCUACGAACGAAAACAAAAAAAUAUCUAAAUUUAUAGCUUUGGGAUCGACAAGACGUUAUUACAGAUUGGAAAUGCUAAUGAAUUGAA